AUCAUCUUAUGUUAGAUAAGAUAGGUUCGCAACAACAAUAUGCUGGCAAAACCAAGGAAACUGCAUUCCUAAAUAGAACAUUCAAAUGGAACCAUGGAGUGUUAAAAACUACCUUUCCACAAGAAAAGAUCUUCGGUGGGGGUAAAACAUUUUCAGAGAUUAUCGGUACAGAAAGAGAUAAUGCACAAUGGACUGGAAAACGAGCGCCUUCGAUAUUGAAGACUGCUCGGACAUUUGAUUCAACUAAGCAAAAGAAAAAUACUAAAUCCGUAUCAUUUGCUGUCCUGGAAUCAUCUGAUGAGGAAGCUUAUGAUUACUCUGAAGAUGAUACUGAUUCAGACUAUACAAACUCAGAUCUUGAUGAUUCUGCCUCUCCAAGUGAAAUAGAAGAGAUCGAAGAUGCCAUCAAAGUAAAAUCACUGAUUAAAUGGCUGAUUAAAGUAGUAUUCGCUGGAUUACUCCUUGGAUGUAUUGUGUACUAUGGAGUUUCUUACUACUUUCAUGUGGAAGAAAUCGUAGAUAACAGCUACUGGGGUUGUUUUAAGAGAGCAAUUCUCCCACAAGAGAAAGUGGUAGACACCUUUUGGGGAUCCGUCAAGAGGGUUAUCUUCCAACAACAACAAGUGGAAGAUAACACCUUUUGGGGAUCUUUCAAAAGAUGUCUGUCACGACUUUGGUAA